CUUCGCGCGUGCGCAGAAACGCGAGGCCUGGCCGGGUCAGUCACGCCGUGGUGGCGGCGUCGCCGCCCUGCUGCUCGGCUGGGGAAGCAGACCAAAAGAUGUGCAGCUUGGAGAACAGAUGGUGUCAUUGCUGAACACAAAGACUGAAACAUGUCUUAUCGAGGGACUGAGCGGGAUUUUCAAACCUCGGCACGGAGGAUGGGGACCUCUCUGCUUUUCCAGCUGUCGGUCCACGAGAGGGAACUGGACUUGGUCUUCCUGGACCACAGCUAUGCCAAGCCAUGGAGUGCUCACCCUGAUGCCAGUAAUGCUCGUCCCACACGCCUGCUGUUUGUCACUCCCAAGCGACAUCAGGAUAAUAGCGCUGCGGAGGCUGAUGUUCCUAUUGAUGUAGAAACAGUGACACCAACACCCGUGCCCCUCUAUGACAACCAGAAAGCCCGAACUGUGAUGAAUGAGUGUGAACGCCAUGUGAUUUUUGCCCGUACAGACACUGAUACCCCUCCUCCACCUGAGGACUGGGAGGAGCAUAUGAACAGGUCUGGCUGGACAAUGGCCCAAAACAAGCUGUUUAAUAAGAUCCUGAAAGCCUUGCAGUCUGACCGACUGGCCCGAUUAGCUAAUGAAGGGGCCUGCAAUGAGCCAGUGCUGCGGAGAAUAGCGGUGGACAAAUGUGCUCGGCGGGUCCGGCAGGCUUUGGCCAGCAUCAGUUGGGAUGCCAAGCUGAUCCAGUGGCUCCACUCCACUCUGGUAGAAACGCUCAGCCUGCCAAUGCUGGCUGCCUACCUGGACGCCCUGCAGACCCUCAAGGGGAAGAUUCCCUCCCUGAUUGACCGGAUGCUCUUAUCUUCAACGGCCAAGACGGGGGCGGCCGGAGCCGAGGCCUUGUCCCUCUUGCUGAAGAGGCCCUGGGAUCCAGCCAUUGGCGUUCUCUCCCAUAAUAAACCAAGCAAGUUACCCGGCUCUCCCCUCAUCCUACUGGCAUCAUCUGGACCCUCGAAUUCCAUGUUCCCCACUUCUCGGCGGCAUCGAUUCUGGCAGUCACAACUCUCGUGUCUGGGAAAGGUGAUCCCAGUCACGACCCACUUAAUGAAUAACGGCAGCGGAGUUGGGGUGUUGCAGUGCCUAGAACAUAUGAUUGGCUCCAUGAGAGGCAAAGUGGUGGAGAUCCACAACCAUUUCUCUCACAAGCCAGUCAUCCUGAUUGGAUGGAACACGGGAGCUCUGCUAGCCUGCCACGUUUCCGUGAUGGAAGAUGUCGCAGCCGUUGUGUGUCUUGGAUUCCCUCUCUUAACAAUCGAUGGGCCCAGAGGGGAUGUCGAUGACCCUCUCCUGGAUAUGAAGGCACCAGUUCUCUUUGUGAUUGGCCAGAACGCUCUCCAGUGCAACACAGAAUCCAUAGAAGAUUUCCGAGAGAAGCUUCGCGCUGAAAACAGCCUGGUGGUGGUGGGAGGGGCGGAUGACAGCCUCAGGAUAAGCAAAGCCAAGAAGAAGUCGGAGGGCUUGACGCAGAGCAUGGUGGACAGGUGCAUCCAGGACGAGAUUGCAGACUUUUUGACAGGGGUGCUUACUCGAGCAGACAGCCACGCGGGCCCCGAUCCUCGGGAUCUGGACAUGGACAAGAAGAAGAGGAGCGCCCGGGAGGCAGCUAGGCGGGAUCUGUCUUUCGACCUGCCCGACAGGAACAGCCGGCCAGCCUCUCCGGCAACCAAAAUCCCCGCUUCCCCUUCUGGCUCAGAGGAGUUCUCCAGCGUCUCCAGCAGCCCUGCCUCCAGCCCCAAGGCUAAAAUGCCCGUCUCUUCUCUUCAAAAGUCCAGCCAGGUUGGUGCCAGCCAGCUGCUGAAAAGGUCUGUGCAGCGCAUGGAAGGAGCGGUGAUGUACAAGCAAGGCCACGAGCUGUCCCCGGAUGCAGGGGAGAAAGAAGAGCUUCGGAAGCCACUAAAGAGACACCAGGCCUCCAGCCCCACCCAUGGCAGCAAAUCUUCCAAGCGAGCCAAAAUCAAGGUGACCAUCGUCUCUCAUGGAGAAGCUGCUGGCUCCGGGAAUGGCACAUCCUUGGAGGGACCGCCAGAAUUAGCUGCAGGAAAGCCUGUUGCUGUGACUUUGGGGCAGACGAUGGCCGGUUCAAAGGAGGUGACAGGAUUGCUUACCACUUCCAUGACAAGUCCUGCAACAGACGGCCCCUCCUCAAUCAGCCCCACCCCCUCGCUUGCAAUCCCAAGCAACGCAGCUCCCAGUGCUUUCCAUGCUCUGCAGAACAGACUCGUAACCAGUGGCUCCCCUUGCUUGCAGGCCCAAUCUGCCAGUGCGCUCCCAGGGGCAGCUUCAGCCAGCAGCCUUCUACAAGGUUUGAGCUUCAGUCUGCAGGACAUCAACAUGAAGCCCGCUGCUCUUCCAUCCGGGGUUGCUGCUGCUGGGUCCUUGGCGCAGAACUCCACCUUGAAGGCUCCAGCACCCCUCCAGAGCCUGAGUGCCAGCACAACCAGCGGAAGCACAAUUGUUCGGACGAUCCCGGUUGCCACCUCUUUAUCCUCUCUCAGAGCCUCGGCUAGCGGGAAGCCCACCACAAUUCAUCAGCUGCUUACCAACGGGGGGCUGGCCAAACUCGCAAGUAGCCUGCCUGGUUUGGCCCACAUCUCUGGCCAGGGGACAGGCUUAAAGGCCCCAACCACCAUCACGGUGACCCUCCGGGGACAGGCCAGUCGAGCCACCACACUCGGGCAGACCACGGUGGCAGCUGCCCAGACCCAGUUGGAGGAGCAGACACAGCUGCUGCUGCCCCAGGUUGCAGAUAACGCGACUGGGAAUCUGUCCUGCCCAGUUUCCAGCCCCAUUCCUCCCAGUAAACGGUUGCCUCAACUGGACCUUGGCAAAACCCAGAGCGCCGAGAGACUCCCUGCGGCUGACCUCCCAUCUCACCCCCCCUCCUCAACCGUAUCGCUGUCUGUAGUAACGACCACCAGCCCCAUGAAGACCCUCUAUGUGAUGUCAGAUGCGAAACUGUCAGCACUCACAAAAUCAGUCAUGGCAGAAGCGGCAUCCAUCCAAACGGCUGCUGCGGCUUCCUCCUCUACGACUCCUUCCUCCCCUCCAGGAGCUGUGACCUUGGCGACCUCAACGACCAGCAGCCCCUCUGGCGGUUUGGGGCAUUCUAAAGGGAGGCCUGUUUUGCAGUCAGCUUCCAAGACAGUGAUACUCACCUCUACGCUAACGGCUUUGAAGGCCGAUCGGAGCCUGGGACAGAGAGGGGAGAUGACCCUGGCCAAAGGGCAUGAACUUGGGACCCUGGAGACUCUGGGCAGGGUCCCAUCGGUCAUGGAUGACAGCAGCACCAUCAUCCACACCCGGGAGAGCCUGACCAACAGACCUCUGCUCCCACAGGGGGUGUUGCCUUCUGCAGCCGGCACCACGCUUAUUACUUUGAGCAGCAACCUCGCCGGCCCCUCCCUCCUCCCCGUGGCUGGGGCUGCCCUCAGCCAGAACCCAGGACCUCCCGCCAUUUGACCUCUUUUUGGCUUUACCAUGGGAAGUCAAUCUUGAGGCACAGCUUAGCAUUCCUGGUGUCCAUGACAAGAGGACAUCUUAUUUGGUUUCUUUGACCCUUUUAAUAAACUUUUUGUGGAUGUAGCCCCUUUUAAUUGCUCUGUAAAUUGCUCUAUUUUCCACAAGUAUUCAGUACGGGCUAGAUGCUUUUAUUUGGAGUUCCUGAGUAGACAUGCAGUGUGUGUAAAGGAGGCACAACCAUUUCAUUAACCACGAGGUCAGGCUGUAUUCAGGGCAUCAGGCCCUUCCCAAAUAAACAAGGUGUAAAAUGGCAUAAA